AUGGAGACCACUCAUUUAGUGACAGAAUUCAUCACCCACACCGGAGCCAAUACGCAGGACGCAGUCAGCUGUCUGAAAUCUUGGGAAUGGGAUCUGAAGAAGGCUUUAAUAGAUUACAAUGAUACGUCAACAAACGAAUAUUUUAACAAUAAAAAGAACGAAAAUGAUGGUUUGAUGAAUGCACGAUCAUCCGCACCACCGUCAUCAUCGUCUCAUUUGCACGGAUCCAUCGUGUCCUGCUCGUCGACGGGUGGAUCCAUCAUUUCGUCGCUCCCAAGCGCCACAUCUUCCGCGCCAGUGUUCAAUAAUCAGCGCCACCAGCAACAGCUGCACCACCAUCACCACCAGCAGCAACCGUAUCAUCAAUAUCCGAACGGUGCUAGCGGCACCGUAAUCAGAAACGGUGCGGUUUGUGGUGGCAGUAACAGCAGCAGUAGCAGUAGCAAUAGUAGUGCAACUCUGCAUGUUCAAACACCACCAACGACGGUGAAAUCAUCGACAGCCUCGCUGGCUGGGACGGCCGUUAAUCCGCACCGUCAACAUCAAUAUCACCCGCACUACGGCAUUCCGGCAGCAGCGUCGCUGGCGGGACAUGACACUUCCGAACGGUGCAGCAACGGCGGCGGCAGUAUCAACCCUACGUCCCACGCCACUCGACCGUCGGCCUCGCAACUGAAACCGAUGCUAACCAAAGCCGAUUCGGUUGACAUUUUCGAUUGUAAGAAGCUGGAACGAGGAAUCUCCCGUGCGACCGAAAAUGUGACACUCGUGUUCCGAGCGAGGCAAGAGUUUGAAAUGGAUUUCCACGCGCACAUCCACGAGCAGAACGACAAGAAUCUAAACUUUAUCGACACCCCGGACUACACUUUUACGCUGCCGGACCUGACAAAGUAUACGGAUGAUUUUCGAAAAUUCCUCGAAAAGGAUCUUAUCGAAAGCUCGACGCUAAACUCGCUGGAAGCAACGAAUCGGCUGAACUGGUGGUACGAGUCCGGCGCCUGCCGGAAGCUGUGGCCACUGGCGACGACGGGGGAUGGCAACUGUUUGCUACAUGCAGCGUCCCUCGCCAUGUGGGGCUUCCAUGACCGGCGGCUAACGUUGCGCCGGACGCUGCACGAUAUUCUGUCGAAGGAAGAGUUCCGGGACGCGCUGUACCGUAGGUGGCGGUUCCAGCAGACGCGCGUCAACCGGCAGGCGGGCUUUGUGUUUUGCGAGAGUGAGUGGGCCAAGGAGUGGGAAGAAAUUGUGGCGAUUGCGUCGCCCGAGCCGAGGCGCAACUCGAAAAGUACCGGCCCGUCACGGCGGCGAUCGUUGCUGAUCGAGAAAACCUUCGACGCCCUCGGCUCGAACGUGGCGGGACCGGACGAUGAAAACGCCACGUACGAGAGUCUGGAAGAGAUCCAUGUGCUUGCGCUGGCGCACAUUCUGCGCCGCACCAUCAUCGUAGUGUCGGACGUGUUUCUGCGGGACAUCAAUGGUGAAGCGUUUUCCCCGAUACCGUUCGGUGGGGUGUAUUUGCCGUUCGAGGUGCCGUCGAACGAGUGUCACCGUGCGCCGUUGCUGCUGGCGUACGAUAUGGCACACUUUUCCGCGCUCGUGGCCAUGGAAGCACCGAACGAUAGUCCCCCGGCUUUGAUACCACUGGUGGACGCUUCGAACCAGCUGCUACCGAUACAGUUUUGCAUCGAUCCCGGUACAGACUUUAACUGGCGCGAGUACGAUGGCAGCGACGGCAACUGGACGCUAACCGAUCGCGAGCACAUAGCGCUGCUGAAGGAGUAUCUUGACAUUGUGCACGCCACCGGCAUCGAGAGUCCGGACGAUGAGAUCUACUACGACGACUAUUCGGACGACGAGUACGAAAAGAAACUGGCGGAAGGGGAACUGGGAUUCGCCGCGGAUGAGCAUUACAAUAACAACACCAUCGUCGGGACCAUCGGCCCGGGUGCUGCGACCGCCAGUACGGUGACAACAACGACAUCGAUUUCGUCGAUGACGGCUUCCAAUCAAUCGCUGCCACCCGGUGGUGGCGCUGGUAGUGGCAAAGAUGCCGGUGGCAAGAGUAAGGCCGCCAAGCAGUUGCAGAGCGUGGCGAAGCAGUUCGGUAGUAUUGGCAAGUCGAUGAGCCGCAAGCUGCGAAAAAACAUUGGCUCGAUAACGCGCAUCGGCAGCAAGAACAGUGGCAGCGGUGGCAGCAAGAAGGCACACCUCCAUGACAAAAGUGGCGGCCGUGGAGAGUGUUAUCCUCGGUUUCGCAUACUCUGUGCGCAGCUCAAGUCCCGCCGGCACGAGUACCAGGAGGAAAUGAUCAAGAAUUAUCUCGAGUGCGCGCAGGAGCGCUACCUGGAGGCGGAAAAGACACGCGAACGCAAGGAAUUGGAGCGAAUGACCAAGUAUGUGGCCGAGGCGGGGAGUCAGGUGCAUCAUCACGAGCAUGAUGACGAUGGCGUUGGGUGCGGAGGCGGUGGUGGUGGUGGUGGGGGCGUGCCGGAAGUCGAUGGAGGAGACAUGGUGAACUGUAUCAAUGCCAACUGUCUCAACUAUGGUACGGCAGCCACCAGUUACAUGUGCCUAGAAUGUUACGAGACGCAGUGCAAGCGGGAGUCUCACUGCAGCAGUGGUGGAAGCAAUCUUUACUCGCCCGAAUACACCCCUCGGUAUGGGACGGGCAAGUCGCGGUUCUACGCGGAAGCCGACAUGGAAGCCCACGACCGGAUACAGAGGCUUCCGUCGGCGAGGCGACUCAACGAUCUCGAUCAAACACUGUAUCUGUCACGGUCCACUUUCUACAAUGACACGCGACCGAACGAAAUGCUGCACGCAUCGUCGGCAGCUGGGCAGGUCUCCUACGGUCAAGGGUUGCUUUUAGCGCCGGAGUCGAGUGCUUCCGUUCUGCCAAGUAGUCAGCCACCUCCUCACCACCACCAUCAUCACGUCGUCGGUGUUGAAAACCAAAUACCGGCACAACAUUCGCAACACCAGGCCAGCCAGCCACGAGCUUCCUAUCGGUGGGGUCCCGAUACUGUGCAGCAGUACGCAGCACCCGAGUACACUAAUUGUGCCAAACCACCCAUCGGUUCCGGUGCCAUGGCUGCCAGCUCGGGCGGCAUGGUAGCUUCCAUUUACUCUCCCGGCGGAACCAACAACAGUAGCAACACCAACCUGGCUUACAAUCGGCAAACGACGGCAAAGUGUGUGGUCAAUCUUCCUCCCAUUUCGACGGGCAGCGGUGGUCAGCCGUCAGGCAAUGACAUCGGAAAACCACCGCAUCCGUCUUACGCCGGUGGUGGCAGCGGCGUCUCGUCCAGUGCAGCGAAUGAAGCUUCCAGAUCGGCCCAACCAUUUUCUUCCUCCUCAUCGUCAUCUUCCCUCGGUGGUAGCGGCGGUGGCGGCGGAGGCAACGGUGGCGGCCUGCAAUCGACAGCAAUGGUUGUAAACAGCAGCCACUACGGCAAGAAUCAACUUUGCCGUACCGAAGGGUGCAAGUUCUACGGUAGCAUCAAUACCAAUUUCUAUUGCUCGAAAUGCUGUCAGGAGUAUAACAUUUAGGAACUGUAAGACAUUUACCCUCUCCAUCACCACGUUUCCAUCGCAAGUUUUAGUUCUGUCCAAGAGAAACACAAGCAACCGGAAUGUUUACACAAAUUGUUCUUGUUCUACCAACUUGUGUGUCGGGCGGACAAUGUUUCAGCGAGGCGUAAGCAAACCAAACAACCAGAUAAAAAACACACAAGAGAAAUACGAAAGAUACAGGAACAAAGAUUAUAUUGGCUGUUGAUGUAGCUUAGCAUAGUAGAGAAGUCAGUGAAAUUGUGAUAUAUUGUAGGUCAUAUCCACGGUGAAUAUGGACAUAUUCAUUCAAUCAAAUGUGUGGUUUUUUGCUAUUGAUGUUCAAGUGUUCGAUAGAGCGCGCGCGCGCUCGCGUGUGCGCGUGAAGGGGUUUAUCAAUCCGUUGAGAUUUUAGUGUUCUGCACUGGCUUUGUUGCUUCAGUAUUCCGCGGACCAGAAGAGAGUGCGCAGUCGGUGCACAGACAGUGUUUCGCGUGGUGUCUCCGGCGGCUUCGUUUUAGAUUUCUAUCCGUAGUUUUUUUGAAAAUUGGAAGAAACACAGAUUUAACUUCAUCGACUUUAGCUUUUUACCACACGUACGCGUUUGUUGUGCUUUUAACUAUACGGAAUGUCUCUUUUCCUCCUGACACGAGCUGCAUGUUACGUCCGUCUUGGACAUUUCAUUGUUCUUUAAUGCAUAGGUUUUGUACACUCGCACGUUCGCCGCACGUAACGAGCAUUACUUGCUGCGUGUCUGACAAAUCUUUCGUUCUUAAGACAUAGUUUCAUUAAAUAGUUUUAAAGGUGGGUGAGAGUGUUGCAAGUGUGUUGUACUCAACAGCACUGCUCAAGUAAAAUUGGUUGGUUCCGUCGUUGUUUGAACGUUGUUUUUUAACCAAGCAAACGUUUUUCCAGCGUGGAAUUUUUUAAAGCGGCUAAAGACCAGGUUUCAAAAGCAUGUUGCGGUUGACGAACGAACGAAAAGCCGAUGUUUUCCGUUGCUACUUUGGUUCGAAAAUUCAAGGUCUCCCAGAAUUCGAAAAUUCAAGGUCCUCUCCGCCGGUAUUAGGUC